GAAAUUCCAAUCUACUCUACUGUCUGGUGUUGUUGCGUCGUACUUUUAACGCAACAGUAUAAUGUUAUACAAGUAUGACAGGUAAAAGGAAAUAAAAAAUAAGGUUAGAAGAUAAGUGAUUCAGGCAGUGUACUGUAUACCACAAUAAAAUUAUUGUGGUCAGCUAAAUAAAGAACGUUGUCGGCGACGAUACUGCUUAAGAAAUGGCGUCCUGUUGUUAUGAAUAAUAUUUGUUAUAGCAUCUCCGAUGGCUUAUAAAAUCACGUUUGUAUCGCCCAAAGCCGUUAUUAAUGACCGAGGUGGUUCUAAACGGGAGAACCGAGAAGUGGUUUUCUCGGAACGAAGGUGAAUACAUAACGCCAGUUUUUUUUUAUGUUUGUACCUUCAUCGUUCUCAAUCAUUCGCGAUUGAAAGGUUCACAAACUGCACGUACAACACACCAUGGACGUAAGACUCGUGGCCAUUAUUUUGUGUAAUAUCGUCCUGCUGAAUGGUCAGUCUAACAGAAAACGACCGUCAGGCGGAGGACGAGAACCUACUACGGCCAGGCCACGGACUACCACGGCCGCAGUGGUGGCCAUCGAAGAAGAUCAGCUGGAAAACGAGUGCCCCGAACCCGACGGUUUCUUUGCAGACGCUUAUCAAUGUGACAAGUACUACGCCUGUUCGGACGGCAAAAUCACGGAAAAGCUGUGCCCGGACGGCAUGGUGUUCAACGAUUUUAGUUCUGCACACGAAAAGUGUGAUCUACCCAUAAACAUCGACUGUUCGCAAAGACCAGCUCUGCAGGAACCAAAACCUGCCGAACACUGUCGCAGGCAAAACGGGUACUUCGCUCACGAACAACAAGGCAUUUGCGAUAAAUUCUACUUUUGCGUGGAUGGCAAAUUCAAUGCGAUCACGUGCCCGGCCGGACUAGUGUACAACGAAAAGACUGGCAUUUGCACGUGGCCGGAUGAGGCCAAGAAAAAGGGUUGUUCAUCACAAGACGUUUUCAAUUUCCGCUGUCCAAACGUGACCAUGGACAUAGCGCAACAGCAUCCGAGGUACGCGGACCCGGAGGACUGUCAAUUUUUCUACGUGUGCGUCAACGGCGAAACGCCAAGAAGAAACGGCUGUAAAAUGGGGCAGGUGUUCAAUGAGGCGUCCGGCAAAUGCGAUUGGCCGAGAAACGUGCCCGAGUGCACUGAAUGGUACAAAGGAGUAUUGACCGACGAACAACUUGAAGCUCUCGAAAACCCAAAGCCAACAGAGCCGGCCAAGGAGACGACUAGGAGAAAAUCGAAUAGACCCACGACGAAAAGAACGUACACGCGAGCCGACGAAUAACUCUCAUACUAUUAUUAUUCUCAAUUAUAUUUAUAAUUAUACUAUGAUUAGUAUUUUUAAAAAUUAUAUGAAAUAUAAGUAGAUUAAUAAUUAAUAAAUUAAAUAAUAAUUGUAUUGUAUCAGGAAAACUGAUCUCAUUCCACGUAUGGGUACUACCAAAUGAUGUACCUAUAAUUAUUACCAUAAUGUGACAUUAAACGUACUUAAAUCAA